ACACUGUCUUUUGUGCGUGGCAAUUGCGGGUCCGAUACCGUGUUGAUAAGCGAGCGAUUUGGUAGGCGACGCACUGUCAUCCCGCCAAAAAGGAUAGGCCGGGGCCUUCGUCACUGGGGUAGGAAGGUUAGGAAGGAGGGUCGUUCACCUCGCCUGAGUGAAAAGGUCUCGCCUCGGGCAGUGAAUAAGUAG